AAAAUGUUGUUCAUAUGCAUCAUAUGCAAAAUGGCAAUGAUCAGUAUCCUAACUGUGCCACCAUUUAAUAGAUGAACUGCGACAAUUUAGAAACACUCUUUUGCAAGAGGGAAAUCUGAUUCGAAUGAGAUUCCCGAGACUGUUCUUCAAUGUCACAGAGAAGCCGACUUUUAUUGUGAAGUGUCCAGUUAACGCAGAAUGCGACACAGGAAGCUCCGCAUUACGACUGCUGGUGAAGUGUUGCCAUAACAGGCAAGUGGCUAACGCUAAUGUCGGCUAACUAAUUAGCAGGAGAGGUGUUUUUGUUGUGUGUGUGAGUGUUCCAGUCUGAAUCAUGGAACAGUGUGCUUGUGUUGAGCGGGAGCUGGAGAAAGUGCUCCAUCGCUUUGUAAUGUACGGCCACCAGUCUGAGGAGAGGCUAGAUGAGCUCCUGCGCAGUGUCUGUGAGAUACGAGGACAACUAGUUGCCUUUGGAGUACAAGAUGCAGACUUAUCAGUCCUAUCUCAGACCAUGGCACAGUGUUGUAAGAAUAUCAAAGAAACAGUGCAGAUGCUGGCCUCCCGACAUAAGGACAUCCAUGGCAGUGUGUCAAAAGUGGGCAAAGCCAUUGACAGGAAUUUUGAUGCAGAGAUCAGUGCUGUGGUGGCAGAGACGGUGUGGGACACCCCAGAAAGACAGAAAUACCUGAGUGAGACAAUUGUGGAGCACCUGUACAGACAAGGGAUGCUCAGUGUAGCAGAGGAUCUGUGUCAGGAGUCUGGUGUAGUUAUAGAUAUGAGUAUGAAGCAGCCGUUCCUGGAGCUGAACAGAAUCCUCGAAGCUUUGAGGAUGCAGGACCUCCGGCCAGCACUAGAGUGGGCUGUAACGAAUCGGCAGCGCCUUUUGGACCUGAACAGCAGUCUAGAAUUCAAGUUGCACCGCUUGUACUUCAUCAGCCUGCUCAGUGGGGGAAUCGGCAACCAAAUGGAGGCCCUGCAGUAUGCCAGGCACUUCCAGCCCUUCGCCUCUCAGCACCAGAGAGAUAUUCAGAUCCUGAUGGGCAGUCUUGUGUACCUGCGUCACGGCAUUGAGAACUCUCCAUACCGCAGUCUGCUGGAGACAAAUCAGUGGGCCGAGAUCUGUAACAUCUUCACCAGGGAUGCCUGUGCUUUACUGGGCCUCUCUGUAGAAUCACCACUCAGUGUUAGUUUUGCUUCAGGCUGUAUGGCCCUGCCGGUGUUGAUGAACAUCAAACAGGUGAUCGAGCAGAGGCAAUGCAGCGGAGUCUGGACGCACAAGGAUGAGCUGCCUAUUGAAAUCGACCUUGGGAAGAAGUGCUGGUACCACUCUGUGUUCGCCUGCCCAAUACUCAGGCAGCAGACGUCAGAGAGCAACCCACCCAUGAAGCUCAUCUGUGGCCACGUCAUCUCUAGAGAUGCCCUCAACAAACUGACUAACGCUGGGAAGUUGAAAUGUCCGUACUGCCCCAUGGAGCAGAAUCCGUCACAUGCCAAGCAGAUCUAUUUUUGAUACCGCACACUCUCCUCAUGAGUAAGGAUGAAGUUCCCUGGAGCUCUUUGCGUUUCCAGGACCAUUUUGCUCCGGCCCUUUUUCCUCUGUCCCUGGCCUCUUGGCAUUAAGGUUUUAUCCCAGUGCUCCUCUGGACAGCCUUGGCCAUCCUGCAACCCACCAUGGACCCUCCAACUUUUGCCUAGUAUACAGAGUCCAGCGAGGAUGGUCCUACUACAACCUGCGGUAGAUUGAGGAGUCUGUCAGUAAAUGAGAACAUCCUCACGAAGAAGCACCUCUGAAAAAGGAUCAUUCAUUGAAAACUCAUUUGCAAAUGCCUGCAGAGUUAUAGGCUUAUCUUUUUAAAGUAUGUAAUACUUUAUAGUGUUUUGUUUUCUUGGCUUUAUCGACUGUUUGAGUUGGACGACUGCUUCUUUUUUUUCUUUUUCCCUUUUUUUGUGACAGAAGCAGCUGAAUGAUUAUGAAUGUGUGAGCGUGGGUAAAUGGUAUAUAGAUAGACACUUUCUGAUUUCAGGAUUGGUAAUAAACUUCUAUUAUACAUGAGGAAAAACCACAGAGUAACAAACUGUGUUAAAGGUUUAUUAUUCACUGGUGAAGGGAACUGUGGAGGUCUAUCUCACAUUGAACUCUAGACUGCGACCCCAUUUCUCCUCCAUAAUGUAAUUAAGGCCUUGCGUAGCUUGAAAGUCACUGUCGGCUGAUGUGUGCGUUUGAUCAGUAGAACAAUUAACUCAUCAACUGGUGGGUGGAACAGCUUUUUUGUUUUAUUAUUUUUUUUCUUUUCUUUUGUGACUUACUGCACCAGCAAGAUUUUCCUCAUUGUAGAAGCCAUUUGUCUUGUUCUAUGUAUGUAUUUAACAAACAAUGACAAAAAGGAAACAAAAAAUAUAUACUACUGUGAAAUGUG